AUGAUGCAGGAAUUGAAAAGGGAGAAUACGGAGCUCAGUCGCCAUGGAUGCAGACAUCUACGCGAAGAAGUAGAAUUACUAAAUGGAUCCCUGGAAUUGAAAGAACAGAGAGUAACUCUGUUGGAGAGCCAAGUGGACGCGUUUAAAGAAGAAAGCUGUAGCCUUCAAAAUGCUGCACAGAACAUGAAAAGAGAAAUAGAGAUUCUUAAGAACGAAAAUGCCACGAAGACGACGCAGUUGCAUAAGCUAGAAUGCGAAACAUCAAAGACUAUUAGUGAUCUUAAAGAUGACAUCGCAAAGUUGCAACAAGAAAAGUCUGCAUUGUCAUCGGAACUAUCAAAGGAAUCAGAAAAAGAUCACCAUUUGUAUGAGUUAAGAUGUGAAAAAUCGAGUGUAACAAAAACACUUGAAGAUCAUAUCACAAGGUUGAGGAGAGAGAACUGCACUUUGACUGCAAGACUAUCAAAGGCUUACGAAAAGGAUGACCAGUUGACUGAACUAAGAGAAAAAGUCCAACUUUUACAGAAUCAGUUGAAAAAUGUAACUGAGGCGGCAACGGCGUCUGUGAACAGCAAAGAGAAAGAAAUGGAGGAAGAUUACCGCAUCAUAAAGAAGCAAGAUGAAACGAUCAAAAAUUUAAUCGAAGAGAUCACGCAGGAAAGAUGUGACAAGGACCGCCUCGAACAGCAGUCUAGAAGAAUAAGAGAACUUGAGACUCAAUUACAAAAAGUGGAAGACAUGAAAAGAAACACAAAUCACUCAGUGGAUGCCUUGGUGCUUGAGGUGAAACAGGAGAGCUCAGAAAAAGAGCGUCUGAAAAGAAAGGCCAUGCAAGCACAAAAGGUUGCUUCUUGUAGAGAGAAAGAGCUUGAAAAGAGAAUUGAACUUCUUGAGGAUCAGUUACGUGCAGAAUAUGAGCUGACAAACACCACUCUUAUGUCUCUAAAUAACAAGGAAAGUUCGUUACAGGAAGCUACUGCCACUAUCGAUAUGCUCACAAAAGAACUGGAACGGGAAAAGUCGGAAAAAAAAACUCUGAGAAAGGCUGUCGAAGUGUCUGAGUGUAACUCUCAUAACGACAAAAGAUUGACUGAGGACAUUGAAACACUUCUGGAGGGAUUACAAGAGAUGAGUGACCUACGAGAGAAGACUCUUAUAUCUCUUAGACAGAAAGUAUGGUCAUUGCAGGAGGCUCAUGAUGAGAUCAGUGAGCUAACUCAACAAAUAGCACACAAAAAGUCGCACAAAAAGUUUUUCAAGAGGAAGGCUAAGGCUAAAACGGGUGAAGCUUAUCGACUGAAUCUCAUUCAAAAAGGAACAAAAAGAUAA